GUGUUCGACCGUUCGAAUAAGCUCGGCUGAAUAAGUGCGCCAUAAAGGACUGAAGGUCUGGGCAGCAAGGGCGUGUCCGCCGUAGGAAUUUUGUCCAUCCGGUCGAAGGUGAGAACGGCGGGAUGCUGCAGCUGUUGCUUAAAAAGCACCAGCACCGAGCACAGCGAGAGGAAGUAGAUUACGGAAAUCCUAGAAGAGCAUCAUCUCCCAGUUAAAACUGGAGAAAGCUGGUCACCGGUGCUGUGACGGAGGACGUUUACGGCGUGCCAAAGCUGGCGGAAAACUUAUGCAAAAAGCAUUCUGAUCAUCGUUCCUCUAAUUGACUGCCGCUGCAAUCCCGGAUGCCAUCAACCCCGUAACAUCGUGAUUCUUCUGUGCUUGUGUGCGCCUCUUGAGCGCGCGGCCAGAUUCCGGAUCACAGCCGGAUGGAAACCGGAGAGGCGAAUCUAAACCAGGAUCGUAGGAAUCUAGCCGGAUACCGACUCACUAGUCAAACAGAUGACCCAGCACUCACAUCGGCGCCAGAAAGCUGCGAAACACAAACACAGCGAGCAUGUUAUCGUUCGGAACGCCAACAGAUUAACCAUUUCGCCCCUGGACGGAAUGUCCAGCGAAGACGAAUCUGCGGGUUUGAAGAAUCCAAGUACCAAGAAGUGGCCGCUGAAGUCACGUCAUUACUUCACGAAGCAGUCUACGCCUCACGAUUGCAACGUGAAUUCGGCCAGCAAGGUGUCCAAAGCUGGGACUCAUUCCAGGCGGACGGUCUUCUAGCAGAUGCCGCUCCACUCAAGUUGGUCCUCGAGGUGAAUAUCGGAAAUGGAAUCGCUAUCGUGGCGCUGUGCAUGGGCGCCUUUGUUGCCCUGGUGAGGCAUCAUAUGCUCCAGAGUCAAGCAUGAACCUGAGUCCGCACCAGGACCUUUCCCGAAUGCACGAAGAAGCAAACAGCCGAAACCUCCAGAACGAGGUGAACUUCCGGCGUUUCGCGAAUCCGCUAAGGGGAAGUGCCAGCUAGGAACUGAAUCCGGCGCCGGAAAUCAUUCAGAUAGCCGGCCCGAGCACGCUGGCAUGGUCUCAGCAGCACCUCUAUCCGGGUGGCUCCGCUGCCGACGUCACCGAGUAUGAGAAGGAUCUAGGCGAGGGAUCAUCAACCGGAUAUCGCACACACUGCUGCACAAAACACUGACAUCAAAACAUCAACACUGACAUCAUCCGUACAUCAGCGAGUUCACGGCAGCUGUACCCAACUGCACCACGGACAUCGAGGCCAUCAGACAAAUCGACUCAUUCGAAUCGUCACCGUAUUUUAGAAAAAGCCAAAAAAAAAACAUCACACAAUAUCAGUAAAAUUUCGAACUAAAUACACCUCUUUUUAUUAUGUUUAGAAAUAUGAACAAAUAAAUGAAAAUUAAAUGAGCGCUUCUUCUUCUUAUUUCCAACUGAAUUUCGAGCAGCAACGGUCAAUUCAAAAAGGUAAAUAUUGAAGUGGCUGCGUUCUGCGUGCUUUUGGCGGGGUGGGCGUUACUGCGUUACGUUUGCGAUAUCGCAAAUAAUCGUUUGCGAUAUUGGAAGCAAUGUUUCCUGCUGACGGGUGGAAACCGAGAUUUGCGAUUUUUAGAGCAAAUCGAAAGCAGAGUUUCCGAUUCCGCAAACCGGA